CUCCUCCUCCUCGCAGGCUGUGGUUUUUCUGUAUGUGUUUCUGGAGUCCUGAGCCUGAGCUAAACAAAAGCAGGAGGCUGACGGGGCUGCCGGAGUUUGCAGAGACACGGAGGAGGAGAGAGCCUGUGCUCUGCCUGCCGCCGCGGCCGGGGGAGAUCUGGCUUUUGCAACAGCCCACCCCCUUUGAGAUCACUCUGGCCCGGAGUGGGGGUGGGGGGCAGCGGGGGGUGGGGGGGAAAGUUUGCAUUGCAAUCCCCCUGCCUUCCUCUCCUUUCUCCCGAUCAAUGCAUAUUUGCAAAAGGAUUAAGCCACAGAUUUAAGCGCCGGGAGCCCAUUUCUGCCUUGCAAAGGAGACCGGACUGAAAAACCAAAAGCCAGCUCUGAUUUCUUUUCGUCAAGUGGGAAGGUGGUUUAUUUUUCUUGCUUUUUUGGAGUCAACACCCUUCCCCACCAGCCCUUAUCCCCACCCUCACCCCGCAACCCCUUCACGCCCCCCUCCCCCUCCCCACUCCCCAUCCUCCCACCAGCCUCUAAAAGAGGCAAAGGGAUUUUUUUUUUUCUUCUGGUCUUCUUUUUUCCCCCCUUCCCUGUUUAUCCUGAAAAGGAUCUGAAGCCAGCUUGAAGGAUAAAAAGCCUUGGUGCUGCCCAGGAGCCGAGCCGAGGAGCAGAAGAGGAAGAGCCGGGGGCUGCUGUUGCCUUUGGAGAUGGACGAGCAGCCCAGGCUGAUGCAUUCCCAUGCUGGGGUCGGGAUGGCCGGACACCCCGGCCUGUCCCAGCACUUGCAGGAUGGGGCCGGAGGGACCGAGGGGGAGGGCGGGAGGAAGCAGGACAUUGGAGACAUUUUACAGCAAAUUAUGACCAUCACAGACCAGAGUUUGGAUGAGGCGCAGGCCAGAAAACAUGCUUUAAACUGCCACAGAAUGAAGCCUGCCUUGUUUAAUGUGUUGUGUGAAAUCAAAGAAAAAACAGUCUUGAGUAUCCGGGGAGCCCAGGAGGAGGAGCCGACAGACCCCCAGCUGAUGCGACUGGACAACAUGCUGCUGGCCGAGGGGGUGGCGGGCCCCGAGAAGGGUGGUGGCUCGGCGGCAGCCGCAGCCGCAGCGGCGGCUUCGGGAGGUGCGGGCUCAGACAACUCCGUGGAGCACUCCGAUUACAGAGCCAAGCUGUCCCAGAUCAGACAGAUCUACCACACGGAGCUGGAGAAGUACGAGCAGGCGUGCAACGAGUUUACCACCCACGUGAUGAACCUGCUGCGGGAGCAGAGCCGGACCAGGCCCAUCUCCCCCAAGGAGAUCGAGCGUAUGGUCAGCAUCAUCCACCGCAAAUUCAGCUCCAUCCAGAUGCAGCUUAAGCAGAGCACAUGCGAGGCCGUCAUGAUCCUGCGCUCCCGGUUUCUGGACGCGCGGCGGAAGAGACGGAAUUUCAACAAGCAAGCGACGGAAAUCCUGAAUGAAUAUUUCUAUUCCCAUCUCAGCAACCCCUACCCCAGUGAGGAAGCCAAAGAGGAGUUAGCCAAGAAGUGUGGCAUCACAGUGUCCCAGGUAUCAAACUGGUUUGGAAAUAAGCGAAUCCGGUACAAGAAGAACAUAGGUAAAUUUCAAGAGGAAGCCAAUAUUUAUGCUGCCAAAACGGCUGUCACUGCUACCAAUGUGUCAGCCCAUGGAAGCCAAGCUAACUCACCCUCGACUCCUAACUCAGCUGGUGGAUACCCUUCGCCAUGUUAUCAGCCAGACAGGAGGAUACAGUGACGGACUCGCAGCCAGUCAGAUGUACAGUCCGCAGGGCAUCAGUGCUAAUGGAGGUUGGCAGGAUGCCACUACCCCUUCAUCAGUGACCUCCCCUACAGAAGGCCCUGGCAGUGUUCACUCUGAUACCUCCAACUGAUCUCCCAGCAAUCGCAUCCCGGCUGACCCUGUGCCCCAGUCGGGACAGGGCCAGGAGGGAGGGUUUCUCUCCCAACGCUGAAGCGGUCAGACUGGAGGUCGAAGCAAUCAGCAAACACAAUAAGAGUCUCCUUCUCUUCUCUUCUUUGGGAUGCUAUUUCAGCCAAUCUGGACACUUCUUUAUACUCUCUUCCCUUUUUUUUUUCUGGGUAGAAGCCACCCUUCCCUGCCUCCAGCUGUCAGCCUGGUGCCCGCCAUCUUUCCCGCCCCUUCCCUCUGUCCUAGACUCCCGGGGCCCCCGCCCUCUCUUACGUCACGGAAGGAUAUUUUCAACCAUUAGAGGAAUUUAAAGAGGAAAGAAAAUACAAAGAAAAUAAUAAACGUGUUUGUAUGUUUUCA